AUGGCCACUUAUCCCAACAACGUCAAUGUGCUUGGACAAACCAUUGACGAUGAUGACAAUUGUAUAGAGUUGGUUCCUACUUUAAACAUGUGUUUUGACACAAUGGACGAAGCAAAGAAAUUUUAUUCCAAUUACGGGAGAAGAUGUGGUUUUGGAGUCCGAACCAGAACUUCUAAAAAGGAUGACAACAACGAAUUGUACUACCUCAGAUUGGUUUGUUCUAGGGAAGGUAAAUAUGUUUCCACCCUUCGUCCAGAGGUGAAAACUCUGCCUAGUCAGACUAAUCAAUGUCCUGCUGGAAUAACCAUUGCACGAAAAGAGGGGAAAUGGUUUGUAAGGACUGUCGUUAUAGAGCACAAUCAUGCCCUGUGUCCAAAAACCUCCAAUCUAAUCUCUUCUAAUAGACAAUUGAACAUGCAUGCCAAACACACUUUGGGGGUGAAUGAUGAUGCCGGUGUACGUAUUAAUAAGAGUUUCCUUAGCAUGGUUAGUGAAGUUGGUGGAUAUGAAAACAUGGAAUUUGUGGAGCGGGAUGCAAGGAACUUCAUUGGUCAACGUAGACGGUCACUGUGUAAGGAGGGUGAUGGACAAGCAUUGCUACAUCACUUUUCAAAAAUGAGACAGCUCAAUAAUGAAUUCUUCUACGAGAUACAAAUGGAUCAAUAUAAUAGAAUUACUAGUGUAUUUUGGGCAGAUCCUCGUAGCCGAGCUGCAUGUGAAGAAUUUGGUGAUGUCGUCUCUUUUGACACCACCUACUUGACAAACAAGUAUGACAUGCCAUUUGCUCCAUUUGUAGGAGUUAACCAUCAUGGACAAUCCAUUCUACUUGGUUGUGGAUUGCUCUCAUCUGAGGACACUUUGUCAUUUGUAUGGUUAUUCAAAUGUUGGCUAAGAUGCAUGGGAAACAAGGCGCCUUCCAAUAUUGUAACCGAUCAAUGUAAGGCGAUGGCUAAUGCUAUUCAAGAUGUCUUCCCUAAAACAAAGCAUAGGUGGUGUUUGUGGCACAUCAUGAAAAAGGUUCCUGAAAAAUUUCAAGGGUAUAACAAUUAUGUUGGGAUCAAGUGUGAUAUAAAAUCGCUUGUCUAUGACUCUGGUAAUGCAGCAGACUUUGAAAAUGGCUGGAAUCGACUACUUAUCACACAUACCUUACAAAAUAAUGAAUGGCUAUGUAAUCUGUAUGAAGAGAGACAAAAAUGGGUCCCUUGUUACUUGAAGAAUCAUUUUUGGGCUGGUAUGUCCACAACUCAAAGAAGUGAGGGAAUGAAUGCUUUCUUUGAUGGAUUUAUCAAUUCUAGUACCACACUUCAACAGUUUGUAGUGCAGUACGAUAAUGCUCUUAAAUUCAAGGCCCAAAAAGAAAUUGAAGCUGACUUCUCCUCUCUUAAUACCAAUAUUGCAUGUGGGUCUCAAUCACCAAUUGAGAGACAAUUUCAAGUUCAGUACACACAUGCAAAUUUUGAGGAAGUACAAAUGGAGUUUCGCUCCAGGAUGAAUUGUUUCAUCAAGAACACGGUCAAGGACUGUAUUUUCAACAAGUACAUAAUAAAAGAAGAGUACAUGUCGGAUGGGAAUUGUGACGCAAAAUAUUACGUCGUUGAAUUUGAUCCUGUUACAAACGAUACAAGGUGCUCUUGCCUACUGUUUGAGUUUAGAGGCAUCAUAUGUCGCCAUUCGUUAUUGGUUCUGGGGCAGGAAGAUGUACAAAAUGUCCCCUCCAAAUAUGUUCUUCGUCGUUGGAGCAAACUUGUUCGAAGAAAGCACACACUUAUUAGAGCAUCUUAUAGUCAAGUGCAUCAGGAACCGAAGAUGCAAAGAUAUCAAUCGUUGUGUAAACGGUUCUAUGACAUAGCUGAGGCUGCGUGUGAAUCUGAAAGUGCUUCUAAUGACUUGGAGAAAGAAUUGGAAUGUUUAGCUCAAAAAUUGGGUUUCACUCCAUCACUGAAAAAUAACAUCAUAAGUGAGGAAGGACAACUAAGGUAUGAGAUCCUUUGA